CCUAGGCGCAGACGCACUGAGCCCCAGCGGCCGGUGAUGGCGGCAGCGGCGGCAGUGGCUGCGGCGGGUCCGGGCCCAUGAGGCGACGACGGAGGCGGGACGGUUUCUACCCAGCGCCGGACUUCCGAGACAGGGAAGCUGAGGACAUGGCAGGGGUGUUUGACAUAGACCUGGACCAGCCGGAGGACGCGGGCUCUGAGGAUGAGCUGGAGGAGGGGGGUCAGUUAAAUGAAAGCAUGGACCAUGGGGGAGUUGGACCAUAUGAACUUGGCAUGGAGCAUUGUGAGAAAUUUGAAAUCUCAGAAACUAGUGUGAACAGAGGGCCAGAAAAAAUCAGACCAGAAUGUUUUGAGCUACUUCGAGUACUUGGUAAAGGGGGCUAUGGAAAGGUUUUUCAAGUACGAAAAGUAACAGGAGCAAAUACCGGGAAAAUAUUUGCCAUGAAGGUGCUUAAAAAGGCAAUGAUAGUAAGAAAUGCUAAAGAUACAGCUCAUACAAAAGCAGAACGGAAUAUUCUGGAGGAAGUAAAGCAUCCUUUCAUUGUGGAUUUAAUUUAUGCCUUUCAGACCGGUGGAAAACUCUACCUCAUCCUUGAGUAUCUCAGCGGAGGAGAAUUAUUUAUGCAGUUAGAAAGAGAAGGAAUAUUUAUGGAAGACACAGCCUGGCCUUGGGUGGAACGUUCUUCACACCAGUUCCUAACAGAACCAUUCUCACUGGGGCUUUCCAUUUCCUUGAAUUGCUUUUACUUGGCAGAAAUCUCCAUGGCUUUGGGGCAUUUACAUCAGAAGGGGAUCAUCUACAGAGACCUGAAGCCGGAGAAUAUCAUGCUUAAUCACCAAGGUCACGUCAAACUAACAGAUUUUGGACUAUGCAAAGAAUCUAUUCAUGACGGAACAGUCACACACACAUUUUGUGGAACAAUAGAAUACAUGGCCCCUGAGAUCUUGAUGAGAAGUGGCCACAACCGUGCUGUGGAUUGGUGGAGUUUGGGAGCAUUAAUGUAUGACAUGCUGACUGGAGCACCCCCGUUCACUGGGGAGAAUAGAAAGAAAACAAUUGACAAAAUCCUCAAAUGUAAACUCAAUUUGCCUCCCUACCUCACGCAAGAAGCCAGAGAUCUGCUUAAAAAGCUGCUGAAAAGAAAUGCUGCUUCUCGUCUUGGAGCUGGUCCUGGGGAUGCUGGAGAAGUUCAAGCUCAUCCAUUCUUCAGACAUAUUAACUGGGAAGAACUGCUGGCUCGGAAGGUGGAGCCCCCCUUCAAACCUCUUUUGCAAUCGGAAGAGGAUGUGAGUCAGUUUGAUUCCAAGUUUACACGUCAGACACCUGUUGACAGCCCAGAUGACUCAGCUCUUAGUGAAAGUGCCAACCAGGUCUUCCUGGGUUUUACAUAUGUGGCUCCAUCUGUACUUGAAAGCGUAAAAGAAAAGUUUUCCUUUGAACCAAAAAUCCGAUCCCCUCGAAGAUUUAUUGGCAGCCCACGAACACCUGUCAGCCCAGUCAAAUUUUCUCCUGGGGAUUUCUGGGGAAGAGGUGCUUCAGCCAGCACGGCAAAUCCGCAGACGCCUGUGGAAUACCCGAUGGAGACAAGUGGGAUAGAGCAGAUGGACGUGACGAUGAGCGGGGAGGCUUCAGCACCGCUUCCAAUACGACAGCCAAACUCCGGACCGUACAAAAAGCAAGCCUUUCCCAUGAUCUCCAAACGACCAGAGCACCUGCGUAUGAAUCUAUGACAAAACAAUGCUUUUAAUGAAUUGAAGGCAAAAAAGGUGGGGAGGGGAUGUGUGAGCAUCCUGCAGGGUGAAACAGGAAGACUCAAAAUGACAGUCUUGACGAGUCAGUGUCAUGACAUAGAACACUUUUGACAGAGGAAAAUUAAACAUGGAUUUUAAAAAAUCAAUCAUGGUGCAAAAAAACUUAAGUGAAAAUAGUAUUGCGGAAUUCUUAGGCACAUCAAUUAUUGAUUCCUAGCGACGUCGUCUCAACCUAUCAAGGAUUUUCAUGUUGAUGGCUUGAAACUGACAGUAUUAAGGGUAGGAUGUUGCUUCUGAAUCACUGUUGAGUUCUGAUCGUGUCGAAGAAGGGUUCUCCUUCCAUUAGGCAAAGUAUGAAUUUGCCUAUAAUACUUGCAACUAAGGACAAAUUAGCAUGCAAGCUUGGUUAAACUUUCCAGCAACAUGGAAUCAAAGACGAAAAAAACUUAUCAAUUGAUGUUUUACGUGCAACAACCUGAAUCUUUUUUUUAUAUAAAUAUAUAUUUUUCAAAUAGAUUUUUGAUUCAGCUCAUUAUGGAAAACAUCCCAAACUUUAAAAAUACGAAAUUAUUGGUUGGUGUGAAGAAAGCCAGACAACUUCUGUUUCUUCUCUUGGUGAAAUAAAAAUGCAUAUGAAUCAUUGUUAACCACAGCUGUGGCUCGUUUGAGGGAUUGGGGUGGACUUGGGGUUUAUUUUCAGUAACCCAGCUGCAAUACCUAUCUGUAAUACUAGGAUAAAAAAAAAAGAAGAAUCUACUUAAUCAUUUCUAUUUGCAGUACUGUUAUGUGCUAAGCUUAACUGGAAGCCUUGGAAUGGGCAUAAGUUGUAUGUCCUUCAUUUCAUCCUUAUCCUGGGCCUGCAUUGCACUGGAAAAAUACCGCCACCUUAUACCAGUAUUUAGUUCAAGAUGUCAAACGUGUUCAGCCCGUGGCUGAAGGACAGAAGCGAGUCAGGAUAAAAUGCAUAUCGUGGGGCGGCAGAGUGAGAGGAGGGAAAUCCAGGGGAAGAGGGUGUUGCCAUGGUCCACUCUCUUGUGUCUAAUGUCUUUACAGCAAUUUGGUAAGGUUUUAAGUUUUACUUCUUUUUACUGUUUUUGCUGUCUACCUUCCUUAUAUUUCUUCCUCAACGGUUUUAAAAGGAAAAAAGAUGUUUUUUUUCUCCUAUAUUGGGGCUACAUUUUUUGAUUAUAAAAAUAUUUGAUGGCCUUUUGAUGAAUGUCUUCCACAGUGAAUAAAACUUAGUGGCUUAAUUUAGGAAACAUGCUAACAAGACACUAUGUUUUUGCAGUUGUAACAAAGGCUACAUAAGUGAUUCACAGGUACAAAGAAUAAAAAUAAAGGUAACUUUACCUUUCUUAAAUACUUCCUGCCUUAAAGAGAGCAUUUCCAUGACUGUAGAUGGUGAAAGGGUUUAAUAUCUGCAGAGCUUUAUAAAAAUAUAUUUCAGUGCAUACUGGUAUAAUAGAUGAUCAUGCAGUUGCAGUUGAGUCUUAUCACCUCCUUUUGUUUGUCUUUUAUAAUGUCUUCAGUCUGAGUGCGCAAAGUCAAUUUGUAAUAUUUUGCAACCCUACAGUUUUUUUAAACAGAUGCUGCUUGCUAUGUUCUCCAGACCUUUUUGAGCCAUAGGAUCCAAGCCAUAAAAUUAUUUAUGCAUGUUGAAUUCAACCAGAAAAGAGACAAGCUUUGCUUAAACGGCAAUUCAAGUGAGAUAAGAUGAAAUCCUAUGACAUUAAGCAAAUGAAAAACCAUGAAAAAUGAUUGGAAAUACACUUUUUCAAUUGUGGCAAUAAACAAUUGAUAACAGCUCAUCUUUGGACAGAAAGUUUUUUGGUUUUUUUUUUUUUAAAUCCCUCCCUCUAGACCCCCUCUUCCCUAUUGCAGCAGUGUACUGAAUUUAUAACUGUAGCUAGUAAUGAGAAGCUACAAUAAUGAGGGCAGAAAUUGUACUUAAAGUGCAGGUCUUUACUAUGUCUAAAAAAAACAGAACCCAAAAAGCUAUGGUGAUAGAUACAGGCUUCAUUUCAGACUGUAAAUGACUUGUCCUACUCUGACACUUGUUUCAAAUAUGUUUACUAUUAAUAUUGUGUUGACUGCCUGACCAAAUUCCAGUUAAAGUUUUACACCACAGUAUUCCUCCUCAGUCCUAUUUGCUAGUAACAUUUGCAUUGUGAUUGCCUGGCUGUAACCACCCCACAGUUAAACCAUUUUCAUAAUUAGUACUGCCAGCAGUAGUGGCAAGCACUGUAACUUCCUGCAUAAAAAGCAUUAAUUUCAUACCUACCAUCCAUACAAAUAACAGCUUUUCAAACUGUAAACAUUAAGUGAAAUUAAUUUUCUAUACUGUGGCAGGUUUAUUGAGAAAUUUGUUUCAUAAAUGGGUAUCCCUACUAUGACUGUGAAAACUUGUCAAGUGCCACGUUAGUGUCACAGACAGAAAGCACACACCUAUGCAAUAUGGCUUACCUUAUAUUUAUUUGUAAAAAACCCAAGCAUAGUUUAAAAUAUAUGUCAAUAAUACUAGUCUUUUGAGUUUCUGAAAGGGUUCUUUAUUAUUCCAGGUAAGUGUAUAAAGAGAUUUAAGUGUUUUUCUUUCAUCACUUAUUUUCUUUAAAAUCAGCUAUUUACAGGAUAUUUUUUUAUUUUAUACAUGCUGUUUUUUAAUUAAAAUAUAAUCACUGAGAACUGAAGUUUACUAAUUUUGAUUUUAUAAGGUUUGUAGCAUUAUAAUAAACUGGGAUUUAUAAACCAGCUGUGAUUAACAAUGUAAAGUAUUAAUUCUUGAACCAGAUUUUUAGGAAAAUUGUUAUUUCUUUUUCUCCUUUAUGGUCUUAACUAAUUUGAAUCCUUCAAGAAUUUUUCCAUACUAUUUUUUGAGAUAGAAGGUAAUGGGGGUGGGGGGGGAAGAAUGCAUGUAUGGUACUCCAUAAAUUCAACAUUCUUUAAGAAAUACAUGAUUAUAAAUAAACUGCAUCCAAGCCUUGGAUUUUAUAUUUAAAAUAGGACCUAACUAUUUUGGUUAUUCAGUCAUGUGGUUCCUAGCUUAUAAGGGCUAGAUCUAAGAUUAUUCUAAUGGGAAAUGUUGAAUUUAUGAAGAAUGGAUUUUGAGGCUCUGAAAAUGGUUAAUUUCUGAAAUAUAAACAUCAAUGUCCAAACAUCUACCUUUUUUCCAUAGGAGUAGACGCUAGCAAGCUGGACAAAAUAAUCAUAAAGUAUUUGUCCCACCAUGACCUGUGGUCUGUGGCUGACUGAUACAAAAUUCUUCGUGUGUGAUUCUUAAUUUACCACUACAGCACAAGUAUUAUCUCAGUGGAUUAUCUGAAGUAACAUUUGAAACAUGGGUUCAUCUGUGUUUGCUCUUUUAAAACUUUUUUUUUUUCCCUACCCCAAGUUGGCUUUGCAUCUAUCAGAGUAAAUAAAUUCUUCAGCUGCCUUAUUAGGAGUGCUUUGAGGGUAACACCUUUUCUGCUUUUCAUCUUGUGUUUACUGUAUUAAAGUAUUUGAUUUCAGAUUGAAUGAAUGUAAAUAGAAAUUAAAUGAAAAUUUGAAUGAACAUAAAA